UGGGAACAGCUGUGUGUGUAGCGGUUUCUCAACAGCCCGGGGGGGGGGGGGGCUGGUUUGUGAAGCGGCUUUAGCGGGACUUUGAGGAGUUUUACUCGCGACAAUGUUUCGCUUCCUGGCGGGUUUGUAUCGGAAAUACGCAGCCGACGGCGACAGAGUGUGUGCAGGGAUGGAAAACCCCGGUUACCGGAGCGGGAGCGUGGACAGCCUGCGUCACCGGCCGAGCGACGUGGUCGUCGAAGACGACGACGACGACGACGAGAUGGUGGACAUCGCGGGGGCCACGCUGGACUUCUCCAACACGGACGACGACCCCCCUCUGGGCUCAGCAGAUUUCGUGGAGCGCGGCAGCAGAGCCGGCAGUAUGAGCGGUGCCGGGCCGGGCAGGCUGGUGGACCCGCUGGAGGACCCGCUGCCCGGAGUGGGGACAUACGAGGACUUCAACACCAUCGACUGGGUGAGGGAGAAGAGCAAGGACCGCGACCGGCACCGAGAGAUCGCCAACAAGAGCCGACAGUCCACGGUGGCCCUGCUGCACAGCGUCAGCGACGCCUUCUCCGGAUGGCUGCUCAUGCUGCUCGUGGGCCUCAUGUCAGGCGCUCUCGCCGGCGGCAUCGACAUCGCCGCCCACUGGCUGACGGACAUGAAGGAGGGGCUCUGCCUGGUGGGCUUCUGGUUCAACCACGAGCACUGCUGCUGGACGUCCAACGAGACGACGUUCCAGGAGAGGGACCGCUGCCCCCAGUGGCAGAGCUGGGCCGAGAUCAUGACGGGGACCUCGGAGGGGGCGCUGGCCUACUUUGUGAACUACCUGAUGUUCCUGGUGUGGGCUCUGCUCUUCGCUCUGCUGGCCGUGACGCUGGUCAGGGCCUUCGCUCCGUACGCGUGCGGAUCAGGGAUACCGGAGAUUAAAACCAUCCUCAGCGGCUUCAUCAUCCGCGGCUACCUGGGGAAGUGGACCCUGAUCAUCAAGACCAUCACCCUGGUCCUGGCCGUGUCCUCGGGGCUCAGCCUGGGGAAGGAGGGCCCGCUGGUGCACGUGGCGUGCUGCUGCGCCAACAUCCUGUGUCACCUGUUCACCAAGUACCGCAAGAACGAGGCCAAGCGGCGAGAGGUGUUGUCCGCGGCGGCGGCGGUGGGCGUGUCCGUGGCGUUCGGCGCUCCCAUUGGUGGAGUCCUCUUCAGCCUGGAGGAGGUGAGUUAUUACUUCCCCCUGAAGACGCUGUGGCGCUCGUUCUUCGCCGCCCUGGUGGCGGCCUUCACCCUGCGCUCCAUCAACCCGUUCGGGAACAGCCGCCUGGUGCUGUUCUACGUGGAGUUCCACGCCCCGUGGCACCUGGUGGAGCUGGGCCCCUUCAUCCUGCUGGGCAUCUUCGGCGGCCUCUGGGGGGCGCUGUUCAUCAGGGCCAACAUCGCCUGGUGUCGGAUACGUAAAUCCACCCGUCUGGGUCACUACCCCGUCACGGAGGUGCUGGUGGUGACGGCUCUGACCGGCAUGCUCGCCUACCCCAACAGCUACACCCGGAUGGGCGGCGCCGAGCUCAUCUCCGAGCUCUUCAACGACUGCUCGCUGCUCGACUCCUCGCAGCUCUGCGGCUACAAGCAGUCGAACUCCACCUCGGGCGCGGGCGUGGGCAACGGCCUGGCGGACCGGCCGGCGGGGGUCGGCCUGUACGCCGCCCUGUGGCAGCUCGCCCUGGCUUUGGUCUUCAAGAUGAUGAUCACCGUGAUCACGUUCGGCAUGAAGGUCCCCUCCGGCCUCUUCAUCCCCAGCAUGGCGGUGGGCGCCAUCGCCGGCAGGCUGCUGGGCGUCGGCAUGGAGCAGCUGGCCUACUACAACCACGACUCGGCCAUCUUCAGAGGGUGGUGCUCGCCGGGCGCCGACUGCAUCACCCCGGGGCUCUACGCCAUGGUCGGCGCCGCCGCCUGCUUAGGUGGAGUGACUCGCAUGACGGUGUCGCUGGUGGUCAUCAUGUUCGAGCUGACCGGCGGCCUCGAGUACAUCGUCCCGCUCAUGGCCGCCACGAUGACCAGCAAGUGGGUGGCGGACGCGUUCGGGAGGGAGGGAAUCUACGAGGCCCACAUCCGUCUGAACGGGUAUCCCUUCCUGGAGCCCAAAGAGGAGUUCCAGCACAGCAGCCUGACGGCGGACGUGAUGAGGCCCCGCCGGUCGGACCCGCCGCUGGCCGUGCUCACGCAGGAGGGCAUGACGGUCGAGGAGGUGGAGGCUCUGGUGGAAAGCACCCACUACAGCGGCUUCCCCGUGGUCGUGUCCCAGGACUCCCACAGGCUGGUGGGCUUUGUGCUCCGGAGAGACCUGCUCAUAUCAAUAGACAACGCCCGGAAGCGCCAGGAGGGCGUGGUCGGUGCGUCCCAGGUGGUGUUCACCGAGCACUCCCCCGCCCCCGCCGACGACGCCCCGCCGCCCCUCCGCCUCCGGGGCAUCGUGGACCUGAGCCCCUUCACCGUCACGGACCACACGCCCAUGGACAUCACCGUGGACAUCUUCAGGAAGCUGGGGCUCCGCCAGUGCCUGGUGACGCACAACGGGAAGCUGCUGGGAAUCAUCACUAAGAAAGACAUCCUCAAGCACAUGGCGAUGAUUGCCAACAGAGACCCCGACUCCAUCCUCUUCAACUGAAGCCCCUCCCUCUCCGCCAUCCGUCCGUCGCUCCUCUCAGGUGGGAGGAGGAGGAGGAGGAGGAGGAGGAGGAGGAAAACACCAGCUGGCACACUUGAACCAAAUGCACAUUUUUACCUCCUAUGAGAAAAAGAAAAGCCAAGUAAGUCGACUCCGUUUGCAGCGGCGACCAGAGGACAACGGCUCUGAUUCUUCUUCUUUAUUUUUGGGCCUUCUGGUUCUUCCUCACCGGCGCUGGUUCUCUCCACGAGGAUGUCGGACAGAUCAGUCGAAAGUUCACAUCUACUCCUUUUUUUUUGGGAGGGGCUUUUCCUCAUUCCUUCUCUUUCCCUCUUUUCAAAGAGGAAUGCAGAGGGAGGGAUGUUUGAAGGGGGGGUUGAUCCUCUGUCACAGAGGACCAGAGAUGAAGCUGGGAGGGUUUUGGGGUUUUUGGGAGCUCCGUGCCGCCGCCCCCCCCCCCCCCACCCCC